AUGAAGUACGUCGUUGUCUCUGGUGGUGUCAUUUCCGGUAUUGGUAAGGGUGUUUUGGCCUCUUCUACCGGUAUGCUUUUUAAGACCUUAGGUCUUAAAGUUACUUCGAUUAAGAUCGAUCCUUACAUGAACAUCGAUGCUGGUACUAUGUCUCCUUUGGAACACGGUGAGUGUUUUGUUCUUGACGAUGGUGGUGAGACCGAUUUGGACUUGGGUAAUUACGAGCGUUACUUGAAGGUUACUUUAACUAAGGACCACAACAUUACUACCGGUAAAAUUUAUUCUCACGUCAUCUCUAGGGAGAGAAAAGGUGAUUACUUGGGUAAGACUGUGCAAAUUGUUCCUCAUUUGACCAACGCCAUCCAGGAUUGGAUUGAACGUGUAGCUCGUAUUCCUGUGGAUGACACUGGUUUGGAGCCCGAUAUCUGUAUCAUUGAGCUCGGUGGUACCGUUGGUGACAUUGAGAGUGCACCAUUUGUGGAAGCUUUAAGACAAUUUCAAUUCAGAGUUGGUAAGGAGAAUUUCGCUUUGAUUCACGUCUCUUUGGUACCUGUGAUCCAUGGCGAGCAAAAGACUAAACCUACGCAGGCAGCCAUCAAGGAUCUAAGAUCUCUUGGGUUGACCCCAGAUAUGAUCGCUUGUAGGUGUACCGAGGCUCUAGAUGAACCUACCAUUAACAAGAUUGCUAUGUUCUGCCACGUUGGUCCCGAUCAAGUUGUUAACGUUUACGAUGUCAAGUCCACUUACCACAUCCCAUUGUUACUAUUAGAGCAAAAGAUGAUGGACUACUUGCACAAAAGAUUACAAUUGGGUGACAUCCAAUUGGCCGCAGAAGAUAGACAGAGGGGUGAACAGUUAUUGGAGAAAUGGACCUCUAUGACCAAGAAUUUCGAAGCUUCCGACAAACUGGUCAAGAUCGCGCUAGUUGGUAAAUACACAAACUUGAAGGACUCCUACCUGUCAGUGAUCAAGGCCCUCGAGCACUCUUCGAUGAAGUGCCGUACCCAUUUGGAGAUCCUAUGGGUUGAAGCAAGUGACUUGGAACCUGAGUCCCAGGAAGUUGACAAGGCCAAAUUUCAUGAAGCUUGGAAUAAAGUUAGUACCGCUGACGGUAUUUUAGUCCCUGGUGGUUUCGGUUCCAGAGGUACUGAAGGUAUGAUUUUAGCUGCCAAGUGGGCUCGUGAAAGCAACGUUCCAUACCUAGGUAUCUGUCUAGGUCUGCAAAUCGCUACAAUUGAAUUUGCUCGUAACGUAAUGGGUCUAAAAAAUGGUAACAGUGCCGAAUUCUUCCCUGAUCUAGCCGAAGAGGACCAAGUGGUUGUCUACAUGCCUGAGAUCGACAAGGAAAAGAUGGGUGGUACUAUGAGAUUGGGUUUGAGACCUACCUUCUUCCAAGACUCCACCGAAUGGAGUAAGAUUAAGAAAUUAUAUGGUGAUAAGGCUUCCAUUUUAGAGAGACACCGUCAUCGUUACGAAAUCAACCCCAAAUUGGUCAGCGAACUAGAAGACAAGGGUCUAGUCUUCGUUGGUAAAGACGAAACCAACGAACGUUGUGAGAUUUUUGAACUGAAGAACCACGACUAUUUUGUCGCUACACAGUACCAUCCAGAGUACACCUCGAAAGUGCUAGACCCUUCACGUCCAUUCGUCGGUCUAAUCGCUGCUGCCGCAGGGAUCAUGGACCCUGUCCUCGCGGGUGAAUACGAGUUCCAUGGGAAAGCCGAUUUCUAA